GGUUUGAGAACUUUGAGCAGCUUCUGGCCGGAGCCCACUGGAUGGACAACCAUUUCCGUAGCGCCCCCCUGCAGCAGAACGUGCCCGUGCUGCUCGCCGUUCUGGGCGUGUGGUACAUCAACUUCUUCCAGGCCGAGACGCACGCCAUGCUGCCCUACGACCAGUACAUGCACCGCUUCGCCGCCUACUUCCAGCAGGGCGACAUGGAGUCUAAUGGGAAGUACAUCACCAAAGACGGCGUGCGAGUCAACCACCACACCGGACCAAUCGUGUGGGGCGAACCGGGGACCAACGGACAGCACGCCUUCUACCAGCUGAUCCACCAAGGAACUCGAAUGAUUCCCGCUGACUUCCUCAUUCCUGCUCAGUCUCAGCAUCCAAUCAGAGACAACCUCCACCACAAGAUCCUGGUGGCUAACUUCCUGGCCCAGACCGAGGCUCUGAUGAAAGGAAAGACUUCAGACGAGGCUCGGAGAGAGCUGGAGGCAGUCGGCCUCAAGGGAGACGCUCUGGAGAAGCUGCUGCCACACAAAGUUUUUGAAGGAAACAAGCCGAGCAACUCCAUCGUCUUCAAGAAGCUGAGUCCCUUCAUACUGGGAGCUCUGGUCGCGAUGUACGAGCACAAGAUCUUUGUGCAGGGCGUCAUGUGGAACAUCAACAGCUACGACCAGUGGGGUGUGGAACUGGGGAAGCAGCUGGCGAAGCAGAUCGAGCCAGAGCUGCAGGACGGAGCGCCCGUCAGCUCUCACGACUCGUCCACCAACGGCCUCAUCAACUUCCUGAAGAAGAACUUCGCCUGAAGCUCCUCCUCCUCUCUUUCCCCCCGUCCCUGUGCUCCUCUCUGAUUGGCCGAGCUCUGUAGACGUGCUGCUUCUAUCCGGAGGACGAAGGGGACCGUGCACCUUCCGCUGAGCGUUUGCUGAAGUCCUGUUUGUUUGUCCCUGAAUCUUUGAGUCUGGUUCUGAUUGGACGGAUUAAAGAGGAUUAAACUUCCUGUUGUGUCGCGGGUUGUGUGCAAAACAAUCAUCGUUUGUAUUUUAAUUUGUCCUAAACAUCACUUCCUGUCUCUAGAUUCACAUUCCACAAUAAAAGUCCUGUUUGUCACCCUA